CGGGGGCCGCCAGAGGGUGCAGGCGGCUCUGAAGCGGCGGCCGCGGGGUGGGGGGCGCUGCCGCCGCCGAGGCGUCGCCGGCCUCGGCCCCUUUGUUCUCGCGCGCCCCCCCGCGCCGCCCACUCCCCUGCUGUCGCGCGGCGGCGGCGGCGGCUGCUCCUCCCGCCCGAGGCAGGCAGGCUCGGCGCCGGGGGCGGGAGGGGGCGGAGGAGCGCGCCGGCCGCCGCGAGUCGGGGGCGAUGGCGAAGCUCCGGGUGUCUUACGAGUACACGGAAGCCGAGGACAAGAGCAUCCGGCUCGGCUUGUUCCUCAUCAUCUCCGGCGUCGUGUCGCUCUUCAUCUUUGGCUUCUGCUGGCUCAGUCCCGCGCUGCAGGAUCUGCAAGCCACGGCGGCCAACUGCACGGUGCUGUCGGUGCAGCAGAUCGGCGAGGUGUUCGAGUGCACCUUCACCUGUGGCGCCGACUGCAGGGGCACCUCGCAGUACCCCUGCGUCCAGGUCUACGUGAACAACUCCGAGUCCAACUCCAGGGCGCUGCUGCACAGCGACGAGCACCAGCUCCUGACCAACCCCAAGUGCUCGUAUAUCCCUCCCUGUAAGAGAGAAAAUCAGAAGAACUUGGAAAGUGUCAUGAAUUGGCAGCAAUAUUGGAAAGAUGAAAUUGGUUCCCAGCCAUUUACAUGCUACUUUAAUCAAUAUCAAAGACCGGACGACGUGCUCCUGCACCGCGCACAUGAUGAGAUUGUGCUCCUGCACUGCUUCCUCUGGCCCCUGGUGACGUUUGUGGUGGGCGUCCUCAUUGUGGUCCUGACCAUCUGUGCCAAGAGCCUGGCAGUCAAGGCAGAAGCCAUGAAGAAGCGCAAGUUUUCCUAAAGGAGCGAAGGCUUGUGGCGAGCAGAGCUCAGAAGCUGCACUCAUCAGCACAUGUCCAGCUGCAGAGAGCCCGUGUUUCCUGGUGCAGGAGAUGGAGGGGGCCACGACAGUCUCCGAGAGGGUCAUCCCUUGGUGGCAGCAGAAACAGGCACAACUGGAAGACGUGGAGCCUCGUGACUUGUUCCACACGCUGCAGCGAUGGCUAAAGGGUCAAGCUCUUAGCUGUGCAGUGACCAUUUCAGAAAACCCUAUAAGAAGUUCAUUUUCAUUGGAAAGUAACAGUAUAUUAUUUGUACAGUGUAGUAUACAAACCAUUAUGAUUUAUGCUGCUUAAAAAUAUUAAAAUAGAAGUGGUCUGUGUU